AUUCCCGGUAACUACGCAAAAGGCAACCAACCAAUUUCUUCUAUUUUUCAAUUGCCGCCGUCUGCAUCUCCACCGCCGAGCGGCAAAAAUAAAACCCCCUCCCUCCUAAAAUUCCGACCGACUUUAUUCAAUAAUAAUUUAUGGCGGCGACCCUGCUCUUCAUCUCCUUCUCAGCAUAAGGUUGGUUAUAUUAUAUCUGAGGAGAUGGAAGAGCCAGGGCAACUUAAAAGGGCUUUUAUUGAUGCUACGGCUGGUUCGAUUUCGGGUGCAAUUUCUCGGACUAUUACGUCCCCCUUAGAUGUUAUUAAAAUUCGCUUUCAGGUUCAACUGGAACCCACUACUUCGUUUGCUUUGCUUAGCAAAAAUUUAUAUGGGACCUCAAAGUAUACUGGAAUGGUUCAAGCAUCCAAAGAUAUCUUUAGAGAAGAAGGCCUUUCUGGGUUUUGGCGUGGUAAUGUCCCAGCUCUUCUCAUGGUCAUGCCAUACACUGCUAUACAGUUUAUGGUGCUGCAUAAAGUGAAGACUUAUGCCUCUGGCUCUUCCAAGGCGGAAGAUCACAUUCAUUUAAGUCCAUACUUGUCCUUCAUGAGUGGUGCACUGGCUGGGUGUGCUGCUACAGUUGGGUCCUACCCCUUUGAUCUACUACGAACUAUAUUAGCUUCGCAAGGCGAGCCAAAGAUAUAUCCGAAUAUGAGGUCUGCAUUUGUUGACAUUAUGAACACCCGUGGUUUCCGUGGGUUGUAUGCUGGAUUGACACCUACCCUUGUUGAGAUUAUUCCUUAUGCUGGCUUGCAGUUUGGUACUUAUGACACCUUUAAACGUUGGACCAUGGCGUGGAAUGCACGCUUGUCUUUGGAUCCAACACCAUCCGAAGAAUCUUUAUCAAGCUUUCAGCUUUUUCUUUGUGGCAUUGCUGCUGGAUCAUGUGCCAAGGCUGUUUGUCAUCCCCUUGAUGUGGUAAAGAAGCGAUUUCAGAUUGAAGGAUUGCAAAGACAUCCGAGAUAUGGAGCUCGAGUUGAGACCCAUGCUUACAGAAACAUGUAUGAUGCACUUCGGCGGAUCAUGCAGAAGGAGGGGUGGGCUGGAUUAUACAAGGGGAUAGUGCCAUCAAUAGUGAAGGCUGCACCAGCUGGUGCUGUAACAUUUGUUGCUUAUGAGUAUACGUCGGAUUGGGUGGAGUCUGUCUUGACUUGAUUUUUUGAUAGUUUUUUCCAUAUAAUUUUUUUUUUGUAGCAGCGGAAUGAACCUAUCUUAAAUAGGUUUAGUCUCAAUAAACUUCAAUGUGAUUCAUCCCACCCCAGAAAUUGUAAUUUCAGGAAAAGCAUAAUCGCGAUCAUUUCUUGAAACAAUCGACCUUGAAUAUGGUAGAUAAAUAUACAAAUUUAUACCUAUGUUA